UGAUUCGGAACUGCAGCUGUAAGCAGCUGCGUGACCUCAGCCUUCCUCCAGAUAAAAGUCUUGUAGAUGAUUAUCUUUUUGAUGGAGGUGUUUCCGUUUCUGUCUCAUUUGCUGACAUAACACAGAGGGAUUAUUUGCAGAGGAAAGACAUGCAAAACAUUUCAUGAGACUCAGAGAGAAGUAAUCGACUUCUUGUUUUAAAAAUUUGAGUUCCUUUUAAACAGGUGAACAGAGUUCCCCAUUACAACCGAUUGACAGACGGGUGAGGCUCUUCAAACAGAAUUUAGCAUCAGAUUUUAUCAGCGUUACCUUGACAACGAGAUUACAGGAUACUGAAGCGAAUUGAACUUUUCUAGAAAUAAAAAUACAAACAAAACUGCGGAAUGGCGGAGGAAGACAGUUUUUCAUACCUAAAGACAUUUCCUCAGGUGUUUCCUGUAUUUCGAGUUCGUUCUUUAAGUGACACUUCUGCUUUUAAAUCCAGAAUAUUGACCAGACUCCGCUCAGCCUGCUCAGUGGACGGUCUGGAAAAAUCUUCUCUGGCCAACUGUGAUGUGGUGGUGGGAAGCUCGCAGUCUCCUCAGCUGAAAGGAAAGGGAGGAAAGCUCUCUUCUCUGGGAAAGAUCUUUAAACCUUGGAAAUGGAGAAAGAAGAGGACCAGUGAUAAGUUUCAGGACCUCUCCAAAGUUCUGGAGAGGAAAAUAUCCACCAGGCAAACUCGAGAAGAGCUCAUAAGAAAAGGUGUCCUUAUUCCAGACCAAGAUGAUCCUUUGAACACAGAGACCUUGAAUGGUCAUGCAGUGCCCAGUGGAGUUACUGAAAAGGUCAAAGUGGACAUUGAAACACCAGAACUGGUCCCUGAAGAAAAAGCUGACUUGGCGGCAGUGGCAGAGGACCCAGAAGAGGGGAAUGACAGCAAGCGCAGCCCAAAGGCCAGUGAGUCAGCCGCUCCAAAAACCCCUACUAAAAAACACCAGACCACACUCCCAAAAACCUCUGGUGAGGCCACAAACUCAGGCGUGAAGAAAGGGGGCCAAGCAGGGGGUAAAAAGGUAACCAAGACCAAUAAGCAGGUCUCCGCUCCUCCACCCAAACAAACCACCCGAACUGCCACUCGUGGCAAUGCAAAAGCUACGAAUCCUAAGAAAACUGCGGGCACAUCCAAGAGUUCCACUCAGGCCUCAGGUCAGUCAUCUUCAUCGACCUGCUCGAAGACCCCAAAGAACAACAACUCAGAACUAACAACAGCACAAGCCAAGUCUGCCAAGAAAACCGCCCCCUCCAGGUCCCCGCGGCCCCCUUCCAAAACCCCGUCCGAGACUGUGGAAAGCUCCUCUAAAAAGGAUCAAAGGAAAAAAGAAUUAACUUCAAAUGUUAAUGAGAAGGCAGAGGAGAAAUCUCAGGAUGGGAAGGGUGCCGAUCAACUUUCCGAGUCCUCUGCCGAGAUGGACAAAAGACAGCCUCAUGUUAACCAAGCCACAGAGGAAACAUCUUUCACUGGAUCCUCAAAUGAACUUUCCUCAGACACUUUAGGUGAACCUGUGAGCACAGAGAGCGAGGAAGAGAAAAAGAGGGCAGACCAGACACAAAGGAUUGUUGGGACUGAAGAGGGAGAGAGACAACAAACUGUCAAUGUGGAAAGCCCAGAGGUGACCAUCAUUCCUGACUCCAUUCGAGAAAGCCAGGCCAGCGACUCUGAUUCAGAUGGACCUAUACUCUACAAGGACGAAGAAGAGGAGGAUGAAGAUGAUGAGUAUACCUCUAGUUCCCUUGCCAGCAAAAUUAGACGCAGGGACACACUUGCUAUCAAACUUGGCAACAGGCCCAGCAAGAAGGAGCUAGAAGAGAAAAACAUUCUCCCACGGACCUCAGAGAUGGAGCGACAGGAGCUAUGGCAGCAGAUCGGCUGUAAACUAGUGAGACGGCUGAGUCAAAGGCCCACCACAGAAGAGCUCGAACAGCGAAAUAUUCUGAAGCAGAAAAAUGAGGAAGAAGAACAAGAGGCCAAGAAGGAGAUUAAAAGAAGACUGUCCCGAAAGCUCAGCGUCCGGCCCACAGUGGCAGAGCUGGUGGCACGCAGAAUUUUGCGGUUCAAUGAAUAUGUGGAGGUCACAGAUGCAAAAGACUAUGAUCGGCGUGCUGACAAGCCCUGGACCAGGUUGACCCCUGCAGACAAAGCUGCUAUACGUAAAGAACUUAAUGAAUUUAAAAGCAAAGAAAUGGAAGUCCAUGAAGAAAGCAAACAGUUUACCAGGUUUCAUCGGCCCUGAGGCGGUGCCUGGUGGAGGGAGUGCUGGACGGCCGCUGAUACGAGGCUCUCUCUUCCUGUCUCUUCGCCAUGCUUCCUGCCGUGAGGCUAACAGACUGGCUCCCUGCGGCAGCCGGCUCUUCUCUGGCACCGGCUGCACUUUGGUUAUCGCUUUCAGCCACUAGGGGGCUACAGCGUGGCUAAAAUGGGCCUGGAAUGCAAUUAUGAACUGAAACGGAGAGAGAGAGAGAAAGAGAGGGACCUUCAAACAAGAUAAAGCAAUGCAAUGGUUCUGACAUGGUUUUUUUUUCAUAUCAGUAAUGUUUUUGCACACACUAAGGACAAGACUUGCACUCUUUUAAUUUAAAGUGUCCCUGAUAUUCUCUCAAGGUCCAGCACAACAGUGUAAAACAUUGAGCGCGUGCAGUGACUCAUCACAUUGUUGUGUGCAGCUCUGAGGAAUUUUUUUUUGUUGUAUAUAUUACAUAUUUCUUGCUGUAUUCGUGCAGAGUCCAGUAAUAUCUAUGAAUAUCCAUGCAUGUGAAAAACAUUUACAUUUUAUAUGACUCAUGUAUCUGGUUCAAUGUACAUUGAAUGGACAUUGAGGUCCAUUGCGAUGUCCAGGUUUAUUACUGCCAUUAUUCCUCUGUAUCUAGAUUAAUAUGUACCGUCCUCAGUAUAAUAGAAUGUAAUCAGAUAUAUGUUGUGCCUUUACAGUGUUGUUUUGUUUUCCUCAAAAAAGUCUGAUUACUUGAUAUACAUGUGGUCAUGUUGUAACAUAUCUUAUAUAUAACUGCUGUUCAGGAAUAGACUAUCAUCAUAUGUUUAUGACAUAAUCCAUGUUUAUUUACCUUGCAUUUUAGUUUCCUCCUAAACAUUAUCACAGUUUUCCCAAAAUUCUAGGUAGUGUCUCAUUGAUUUGGCUUUUAGGUUGUACAUAAAUGUGGUGGGUUUUAUUGAGUACAGUGGUGCCGAACACGUACAAGAUGUGGCAAGCAAUAUAAUGUAGUGAAACAAUAGUUUUAACUCAAACUUGGAAAGGGCUUCUAGUCCAUUAUUUUAGUCCAUUAUAAAAAUGUGUCAGUAUUGCAUUAUUGCACAUUUUGGUGCUCUAUAUAAUGAUUGUAUGUCAAAUGCAGAAUUUGCUGGAUGCUCACUUAUGUCCAGCUUUUAUAUUUUGUUUGUUUUUUGUUCAUGUAGUUAGAAAUUGGGGAAGCUUUUAAAUUAUUUCAAAUCAAUUGUACAGUCUGUAUGAUAUAUGUGAAUACAUCCAGUAUAUUGCAGUAUAUAUUCACUUGAUUUCUUUCGCAGAGAAAACGCAUUAACUUGUAUUAAAAUUCUAAAUGUU